AUGACGCUGGUCCAGUUUUUUAUGCUUCUCUUCUUUUACACCUGUUUUCAACUCGGCGAAAGUACCUCCAUAAGUAAAGACAGCUGGCUGCGUCCAGGCUGCCACAAAGUCGGAAAUCCUCGAAAGAUUUCCAUUCCUGAUUGUGUGGAAUUUACCUUGACGACCAAUGCGUGUCGCGGAUUCUGCGAGUCUUACUCGGUGCCGUCAGUCCCCUGGACGGGUGCCUCGUUGCCUGUUUUGUUCAAGCCACCAAAGCCAGUGAUUAGUGUUGGCCAGUGCUGCAACAUGAUGAAAUCAGAGGAGAUACAACGUCGCGUCUUAUGUAUUGAAGGUAUUCGGAACCUUACUUUUAAAAGUGCUGUGUCAUGCAGCUGUUAUCACUGCAAAAAAGAUUAAAGCGAGCAAUAUAAACUAAUAACAGUUGACGAUACGCUUGCUGCAAAAAUUUUUAUCUUAUUUUAAUAAAGAUAACCAAAAAAAAAAAGCACAUAUACUCGUA